GGGCAAAAGCGAAUCAUCUGUGAGCAGCUGACGCGCAUAAGCAGAAGUGAGUCAGGGAUUUCAGAAAGACUUCUGCUCUAUUUCUCACAAGUUCUUCCAAUCAUCUUCUUUUUUGAGCUCAACGUCCUUUAUAAUAAACAGGGUCAUGGCCUCCUCGUACCGGCGAGACGGCGGCAUCCUCCAAUCGGGAUUUGCCGAGAUCCUCCAAGGGCUUAACCACAUCGAUCUGCAAGUGGUGACAUCGGAUGGGACGCUAUACUUCCAUCAAUUGCUUUUAGCCGUGGCUAGUAACAUGAUGAGAACCAUUCUAGAGCACGCCGACAUUCAACACCACAAUCUGGCUACUCUCAUUCUGCCAGAUUUUACCCAUGCCGACAUCCUGGAACUGAUCCAAUUCUUAUACGGCUUACGCAGUUUUGGAGAGAAACUCUCCAACGAUCUAGUCCAAACUCUUCAAGUGGGAUUUGAACCUCUCGGGGCAGAUUCGGUGCCUCUUCCAGAUGUAGCAGAGUCCGAUAUCUCUGACACUCUGGAGGCCUUGGACGCAGACUCCCCAAGCCCAUCCAUCCCAGAGCCUUCAAUACCUCAACCAAGUCCAUCGCCAAAAAGGAGGACAAGAUUGGCCAGAAACGUGCACAAUCGAGGCAUUCAAAAGUCAUCCCAAGGAUGGAAAUGCGUCAAAUGUCAGGUGGAGAAGCGAUUCUACCACCAGUUCAAAGACCAUCAGCAGAGUUGUGGUCCAACAUCAUCAAAACCGGCUGACAAAAAGAUGGCCAAGAAACGGAGGGUCAAGACCAAGGAGCAGGUAUCGGCCAGGCUCAUCUCUUGUGGAGGUUGCUCGGCGACCUUCCCCAGCUUCCAGCCUUUACUCAGUCAUUUCGAGACCCACCUCGAGCACCGAGAUCUCACACUGGUGUGCCAACCCUGUCAGACCGUGUUUCCGUCCCAACAAAAGUUCGAGAAGCACAAAUUGAUCCAUCAGAAAGAGCUUCAGUGUCGCGAUUGUGGGAAGGUGUUCUCCGACAUCAAGAAGUACUCCAAACACUUGACCAAUGUCCAUCCCAAUUCCAUGGAAGGUGAGUACAAGUGUUCCAAGUGCUCACGGUCGUUUGAAUAUCCCCAAAACUUUGUGAAUCACAUGAAACAACACGACACCGAGGAUAAUGGACCUAUUAGAAAGGAUUACAAGUGCAAACACUGUCAGCAGCUAUUCCCAUCCAAAUCCACGUUGAGCUACCACGUGGCCAAGCACGUUCAAUCCGAAUUUUCCUGCCAUCGCUGUCCGAAGAAGUUCAAAUCAGACAAGGGCCUCAAAUACCACAUGAAUGUCCACGAUGGCGUUCACGAUUAUUUGUGCGACGAUUGUGGACGGGGUUUCAUCACUCGACAAAAGCUUCUUCAGCACCGAAGAGCCAAGCACACCUUUGAGAAGCCCUACGUUUGUGACACUUGUGGCGAAGGCUUCACCCGAUCCGACAAGAUGAAUCUUCACAAGCGACGAGCUCACACCGGUGAAAAGCCCUACAAUUGUGACCAGUGCUCGUGGAAAGGCGUGGACUCGAGUGGAUUGAUCCACCAUCGUAAAAAGCACGAGGGUGCCACUCCAAAGAUAACUCCAACCACGACAUCCAAUGCUCUGCAACUUCCGGCAAUUGUUACUGAAGGAUUGGUGGGUAGUGAGUCUCAGAUUUAUAUCCCGGUUAUGUACGUCACUUGAGGAGCGUGGCAGGAAUUACUGCUCUUUGGUGCACAGUGAGAUCAUUUGAGCUCCAUUGUCAUAAAUAAAUGAGUUUUUCUAGAACAUGGCAUGUUCCAAGUGUGCCCCGGUUUUUUUUCCUUCUGGGUUUGCUUUUAACGGACAAAAUAUAAACGAUCUUACUUC